CAUGGUCAGGAAAAUACAGUUUCCUAAAGAAAAUCAUUGUUCAGAUGUUGAGAAAGGUUUGGAUGGAGCUCCCAAUAGUAUUUAUCCUCCUCCCUUGGUUAGGAUCUGGUUUACACUGCUUCAAUUCGGAUACAGACAGCUUAGAAUUAGUAACCUUUUCCUGCUUUUUAUUGCAAUUAUUGAGGCUAUUUGCAGUGAUGAACUUCACAAGAAAUAUCUCAGCUUUGCUCCUCUAGGAGUAAUAUUUUGUCUUAAUUUUGUUCUUGCUUUCCAAGAACUAAGAAAACUUAUGAAAUGGGAGAAAGGUAUGAAUGAGAGGAAUGAAAGUUUUCAAAUCAUUGACCUGGUUAAACGCCAACUACGCCAGGACACAAAGUAUCUAGAAGAUCUGGACGUGGGUGACGUUAUCUAUCUCGAACCUAAUGAUAGCACCACAAAGGAGGUAUAUGUACCAGCAGAUGUGGUAUUGCUGGGUGUACAGUGCCAAUGCCACAAUGUGGAGAGUGGAAAGACAUGUGGUCGCUGCUAUAUAUCCACACAACAUUUGAAUGGAGAUACAGAAGUUAUAACUAAACAAGGACAUCCAACCCUCAUGAAUAGAAAUAAUAUUGAUCAUCUGAACUACACUGGGGAGCUAGUAUACGAUGAACCCGAGGAGGGACUUCAUCAGUUCAGUGCCAAGUUUAUUGGGAAGUUUGUUGGAUCUAAAACAGAAGAAUUAAAUUUCAACAAUACUAACUUUAUUCCUCGUGGAAGUACAAUGUUCCAUGCCCAGUCUGUUAUCUGCCUGGUGGUAUAUGUUGGACAGGAAACUAAGAUAGGAAAAAUGAUGGACUCGAAAAUAAAUGUGAAACGACGCUCUAUUUCUGAUCUAGCUCUGGACAAAUGUUUCUUGAGUAUGAUUUAUCUACUGGGGUUUUUAACUUUGUUACUUACUUGUAUUUUCUAUUCUGAACUUAAUUUAGGAUCCUCCUCUCUUUUUUAUGGCGUUAUCAUCGACCCUACUCAGGAGACAUUUCAAACCAACCAUUUUGGAAAUGUGUUAAUUCAAUCCUUUGUAGAAUUGCAAUAUAUCCUCCCUGUUACUCUACUUAUUACAAUAGAAAUUCUUCGAAUUCUCCAAGCCUGGAAGAUUGAAAAAGAUCCUAAACUUACAGCAUCCAUGUUUGCUAACCCACAUUUUACAGAUGAUCUUGGUAAAGUGUCCCACGUAGUACUAGACGGAAAAGCAAUUAUUACAACUAAAGAAAUAGAGGUCAAGUCUCUAAGUGUUCCUUAUGAAAGUUACAAAGUUGAUAUUGCACUAUUAAAAGGAGUUCUUGCUAGUUCAGAUUGUUCUUCUGAAAGGCUUCAUCAACUGCUGAUUAGUAUUGUCCUCAUUUCAAAUUCAACUUCUUUAACGAUCCAAGAGAGAAACGCAGAGGACAGCGCAUUCUUAGAUAUGGCAGAACAACUUGGAUAUGUUGCAACUAUACACAAUGAUUCUCAAACACAGAGUUUGAAUCUGCUAGAUCUAACCUAUGAAGUUGUGGAGAUUCUGUCUUCACACUCUAAGGACAGUGUUAUGAAUGGAAUUAUAACGAAAACAAUGCAACAGAAUAAAGAUAUCUACUCGUAUUUUAUAAAAGGCACAAGAUCCCAACUGGAGGAGUAUAUGGACAUGAGUCUGACUGCAGGGGUUACUGACUUUACCCAUCGUGGAAUGAGCACUUCUUAUUUUGCUUCCGGAGUCUUGAUAAAUUCAGAGGUAGAACUGCUUCUAAACUACUCUAAACCUCAAAGACAAGUUGCUAGACUUACUUGGGUUGAGAAGAACCAAGAGCUUUUCAAACUAAAACCUCAAAACAUGCAAAUGGUUGGCUCUGUAGGUAUGCGGAACAAAGUAAACUUGAAGUGUAAGGACCUAUUCAGGGACUUCAGAUCUGCAGGGUUAAAAACAAUAAUUCUUUCUCAGAAUGCACAGGAGUGUAUUAAAGCCUCAUGUGUUGAGGCAGGCAUAUUAACUGGAGACAAGAUGGAUCAACUUCUGAAGUUUGAAAACCUGAAUUCUAUGAUAAAAGCAAAAACUGACAGAAAAGUCAACUGCAUAAUUGUUAAUGGAAAUACUUUUGCGGAAAAUACGCUUCGAAUUCCUUUUCUAUUGGAAACUCUUAGCCAACAUUAUGAUAGGAUAGUCGUAUCAGGUAUGACAAGCAGGCUCAAAAAACAAAUAGUAGAAGGUCUACUCUCUCAAUUAAAAAGAAAAGAUCCACGGUUAAAACAACGGCUUCUUAAUGUGGUUUGGCCGUUCUCUCAGAAGAGGCGGGAAGCUGUUCUGGUGAUAGGAAACAGUGCACAUGAUGUUCAAAUGAUUCAAGUUGCUGAUUUGUCAAUCUACUUUAAUUCCGAGGAUUCAGAGGAAACCUUUGAGGAUGCUAGAACUUACGGAAACUUCAACGCCAGCUCGUUCCAAGAUUUAAGACGGCUCUUCCUAGUUUAUGGGAUACAAAACUCUUUCAGUGUUUCUAAGGUUUCAUUUUUUAUUCUGUACAGCAAUUUUCUGAGAAUAUCGAUUCAAUUCUUAAUCUGGAUUUUUCUGGAAAAGAAUAUGUCUACUUCUGUCUUUGAAAGUUUUGACUUUUUCUGUUUUAACAUUUUGAUUGGAGUACUUGGGCUCGUCAUUGGUAGGUUUGAGCAAGUUUAUUCAGCUGAUGAUAUUAUGAAGAAGCCUGAUCUCUACCGACAUAGAGGCAAUGAGGUUGAUAGUUCGGCCACUUUAUUCCUUUGGUUACUCUCAGGGUUCAUUCACAGCUUCUUCAUUGUCCUCUGUUUUGCUACUUUGGAAAAUGGAUUUGUUAAUGACCGUUUAACUGGAGGAUCAGAACUAACUUUCCGCAUUUUCCUCAUUCUAGCAAUCAAAAUUGCAGUAACUGAACCAAAUAUAAUCCCAACAAAUCGCUUCUUCAAUCCUAAGUUUGAAUUCAAUAAGAUAACUACUGUAGUUGCAGUAUCUCUACCUCUACUCUAUAUACUCAAGCUAGCAGUAUAUUUUGCAUUUCAAGGGCAAUUGGCAGUAGCAUCAAACUCUGAAGGUUUGGCAGAUAUAUCAGGAAAUCUGAUAUUCAAUCCUUUAUUCUGGUGGGUGUCAUUAUUCACAGCUGGAAUAUGUACAAUCGCAGAUUCAGUGUACAAGGGUGUGAAGCAAAUUCUCUGGAUUAAAAGUGAAGAUCUGUAGCGAAAUAAAAGUGAUUCAUGGAAAGAAAAUACUAAUGAGUAAAUAUUUUUUACAAUUUUGAUGCAUAUACGUCUAUUCACAUAAAAUAUACGGUUUCUUAUUUCUUUGUAUAGAUAGAUAUCAAAUAAAAAGUAACAAUUUAACAUU